AUGUUGAAGGAUCUUUCGAACUUCAACUCAAGGGAUGUGCAAUCAGGAGAGGAGGGCGGUGACGAAAACAGGCACGUCUACGAUAACACGGGGAUCAAUCUAACCAGAAACCCCCUUUUCGCGUGGAACCCUGGGUACGGUUGGCGACCAGGAGCAGCAACUGCAGACGACCCUGCUCUCAAAGCCGCCCUUGAGAGUUACCAUCGGCAAGGCCUGACUUCAAACAAGAAGAUUUCUGCGCUUCUCAAAGCUGAUUACAAUAUAGACAUCAAGGACUCUGCUGUCAAGCGCCGCCGCAAAGAGCUCUCUCUCAUGGGUAGUCGUAUAACGACUGCCACCAUGCCAUACAACGACGCCCUUCAGCUUAUUGUCUCGGAGAUGGACGAUGACAUCAGCGGCUCCCGUGGGCUUGCCAACGUCAAGAGUCGCAUCGCAUUUAAACAUGGAGUUCAUCUUUCCCGCGACUUCAUAUCUGAAAUCAUGCAUGCUUUCGACCCUAGAGGCUUUGACCAUCGGGAACCCGGAUCCAAGAAGACAGUCCGCGUCAAGAAAAACCCCCUCGGUAUCCAUGAGCGCUGGGCCAGAGACGGCCACGACAAGCUUUACUCCAUCGGUUUUCCAAUAUGGGGAGUUGUAGACGACGCGAGCUCUAGGUGGCUUGGUGCAUGGGUAGUGCUGAGUAACCGCAUGGGGAGUAUCGUGGCCUAUCUCUUUCUUUGUCUCGUUGAAGAGAUCGGAGAUGAUAUCACCUCACACUUCUCGAUUUCUAUGAUGUUCAUCUCAGCUGCCGCCACCAGGCUUCGUUCCCAAUGCUUCUACAUCUACGCUGGAUCUUCAGUACCUUUAUUCGCUGUCGACCAGGUUCUCCGGAAGUUCUGCAUUCGAAGCAUGCCAGUACUUAUGUAUCGUGUUUACCAGGAACUUACCUCACCACAUUCACGAACUGGCAGCCUUGCAUUUUCC